UUAUAAUAUUAAUUAUUUAUAUGGAAAAUAUUUGAAUAUUAUAUAACUUUAUAGUUAUGUGUUACGUAUAUUUUUCGUAUAUAUAUAUUGUGCCGUAUUAUAUAAUCUAACGCGAUUGUGGCAAAGUUCGCGGUAACAAAGGACCUACCUGGCUAUCUCUGCGUUGUCGCAGCCGCAGUCGAAGUUACGCACUCGGUACGAAAAGUUAAAAGGCGUUGCUUCACGCACUUUAGUGACAAUACGUAUCCAUAUACCAUGUCAACGAAUAAACUUCAUACCUUACGCUCGCGCCACCAUACAUACGAGCACUUAAUUCAUCGACAUAAUAUUAUAUAUAUAUAUAUUAUAUCGUUUGUUCCCGUUGUGUCACCACCGGCCGUAUUACUCAUCAAACUCAUCGCCAUCUUCGUCAAAUUCUAUAAACUGUAUAUAUAGGUUACGCGAGUUGGCUUUACGCCCCAUCAUGACCGUACAUUUUUAUAUACUCCAUAUUAUUGCACUUUGUUAUUAUUAUUGUCAUCAUUUAUUACAUGAUGACGCGGGGUACACACUUAUAUUGCGUGGCCAACAAUCUCAUAUCUGUUGAGACUUGGUGCGUAUCAUUAUGAUUACACAACUAAAUCGACCAGGAAUUUGUAGCCAAAUUUUUUUUUUACACGCAAUGCCGCAAUAUACUUUGUUUUACAUAAUAUAAAAAAUGAGAUCUAAUAUUACUCGUGUUAUUCGACCUAUUUACCUAUUAUUUUACAGUUGGGCACCUAUAUGGUUAUUAAAUUUGUUCCAUUACACCGUGCUCGGCGUACAACUAUACCACUAAUGUACCGACUUUGACCUCUUUUCUCCACGGUUCAACGUAUAGCUACAUACUAUAUUGAAUACUUAUGUAUACAUUUAGAUAAUAGAGCACAAAUAAAUUUUUUUGAAGUCGACAACCAACAUAAAAUUCGAUUAUUAUUCGCAAAAAUGUCCAUUAUAAUAAUGUAAGUGUCCAAAAACUUUGAGAACAUAGUUAAAUACAUUUACUUAUUCAUAAUUUGUGGAACGGUGCAGGUGUCGACGGUUUUAAACCUCUCUUUCAGACACACAACACAAAAUAUUUCGUCGACGGGCAUAAACGUUAUUUUAUUGUUGUCGCACACGACUGAUGACGACGUGAAGUAGACCCGAAAAAAAAUAACAAUUAUAAUAACGCGUCUAAUAUUAUAAUAUCUAUCAUUUCUUUCUGGCAGGUGCACCUGUAUAAUAUUAUUAUACACAUACCUACUCAGCGUGUUCGAUUCCGGUAGUGUUCAUUUACCAAUCACCGUCGUCGAAAAUGGCGCCCAAUCCGUUCACGUCCUGGCUGACCACCCGAAGGGCCAUAUCGUACGGGUCCAGUGUUGGCUACAUAAUGGUCAUCCGUAUGGCCUUACUGUUCUUCCGGUCCGACAUCGAGGACAUCAGUCACCGGUUCGUGGACCGCCAGAUCACCGAGAUCAGAGACAAGUACGAUUUCGUGGUGAUUGGCGGCGGUUCUGCGGGCUCCGUCAUCGCCAAUCGUCUGUCCGAGAACGCAAACUGGACGGUUCUUUUAAUAGAGGCUGGAAUCGACGAACCGGCGUAUUCAGACAUACCGCUGCUUUAUCCUUCCCUCCAGCGCUCGGAUAUCGACUGGCAGUAUAAAACAGAACCCAGUCAUUCGUCAUGCUUGGGCCUCAACGGGAACCAAUCUAGCUGGCCCCGGGGCAAAGUCAUCGGUGGCAGCAGUGUUCUGAACGCUAUGUUUUAUGUCCGAGGCAACCGGAAGGAUUACGACGCGUGGCGAAACGCCGGAAAUGAGGGAUGGGGUUACGAUGACGUAUUACCGUACUUCAUCAAGUCCCAGGAUAUGAGGAUACCGGAGCUCGUGAAUUCGGAGUACCACGGUACAGGAGGAUACCUCAGCGUUGAGCAUUUCCGGUCGAAAUCGCCGAUUGUGGACAAUUUUUUGGAGGCCGUCAAGGAAGUCGGUUACGACGAAGUCGAUAUAAACGGUCGGAGUCAGACAGGAUUCACACGAUCUCAAGGAACUCUAAGAGACGGGUUGAGGUGCAGUACGGCCAAAGCGUUUUUGAGGCCAAUCAAAAAUCGUCCAAACCUGCAUAUCAGCUUACACACGCAUGCCUUAAAAGUCGUGAUCGAAAACGGCCGGGCUACAGGUGUACUGAUAUCGAAACUGGGGUCGAUACCGAAGUUGGUGAUGGCCGAAAAAGAAGUGGUGCUCUCUGCGGGCGCAAUAAAUUCGCCCCACCUGUUGAUGUUGUCGGGGAUAGGGCCUGCCGACAAGAUACGUAAAGCCGGCGUAAAUGUCAUUAAACACAUACCUGGCGUGGGGCAGAACCUGCAAGACCACAUUGCGAUGGGCGGAGUAACAUAUCUGUUCGAUUCGCCCCCCGAAUCCAAUCCCCAAGGCCUAGGUAUAGUGUUACCAAGGAUGUUUACGCUGAACUCGUUCAUGCAAUUCUUCCGCGACAAAAUGGGACCGCUCUAUAGGAUACCGCUUGGCGAAGUCAUGGGUUUUGUAAACACGCGUCACAAUGAUGAUCACGAUUGGCCGGACGUUCAGCUGUUUAUGACAGCGUCUGGGGAAAAUGACGACGGUGGUCUAUUGAAUAAGCGGGACGUGGGCAUCACCGACGAGUACUACGAGAAAGUAUUCGAGCCCAUAUUAUAUCAAGACGCCUUUACGAUAUCACCGUUGCUGCUGAGGCCGUACAGUCGAGGCUACAUCGAUAUCUCAAGCCCCAACCCUUACGCCGCUCCGAAAAUCGUGCCAAAUUAUUUCAGCGACCCGCGGGACCUCAGAACUAUAGUGGAGGGUGCCAAAAUCGGAUACGCCAUCAGCCGAACCAUUGCAAUGACUAAGAUAAACACCACAUUGCAUAACAUUGCCACGCCGGGGUGCGAGAGUCACGUGUUUUUAUCCGACAAAUAUUGGGAAUGUCAGGCUCGUCAUUACACGAUGACCAUUUACCACCCGGUCGGCACGUGCAAGAUGGGUCCGGUGGACGACGAGUAUGCUGUGGUGGACGAACGGUUGAGGGUGAGGGGCAUCAAAAACUUGAGGGUGGUAGAUGCUUCCAUAAUGCCUACGAUUGUUAACGGCAACACCAACGCGCCAACGAUCAUGAUAGCGGAAAAGGCGUCUGAUAUGAUUAAAAACGAUUGGGCCGGAUAACCGUAAUUACAUAAAACACGGUAUGUACAUACAGGAGGUGGUGGUAAAUCGUUGUUUGAACACAUGUUAUUUAGUUGAGUUAUUAUUAUUUAUUUAUUUAUUUAUUAUUAUUUAUUCUUGUGAAAAAAUACUUUACCUAAUUUUUCAAACAUAA